AUGUGCAUUCUGAAGCUGUUGAGGCUCCACGUGCACGACAAGUACCGACGGCACGCGUCCCGACGCCUGCUCGGCGUCGCCGACGAUUACGUCGACUUUAGCAGGACGCCGUUUCGCGCCCAAUUCGCCUUCCCGUUUCGCGAGAUCGACUCCGAUGAUGUCGAAGACGCCGAAACGUUGGCUACCAGCCUCAUCGAUUCCAUGUGCUCGGAUUUCGUGUUCAACGGGAACGUUUGCAACUGCAGGACCUUCCACGAGAAACUCAAACAAACCGAGGAAAGAGAACAGAAAGUAGAUAGCGGGUGGAAAGCAAAGAGUAGACGAAGGGUAAAGAGUAUAGAGGCUAGAGAGCAGAAAAAAAUCGAAACCGAAUCCGACGCGCCAUCAGUUCACGAUGAAUGGCCGAUCGGCGAGGAAAUGUUUUCCAAAAAACUGAAAUACAACGCCGAGUAUGUGAGAGUCGCGAAAACCACCGGUUGCUUGGGGUUUUCGGGCGCGGAGUGCGGCAUCACCAAGAUCACCACGCUCGACAGGCCGCUGAGGGAGCCCGAUGUGUUCCGGUACUUCAUCGAAACCUCCAAUUGGUUUCUCUUCGAAAAGGACGAUUCGGUGUUGACUCUCACAGACAUGUUCUCCAAGCGCCAAUGUCAAUGGCACCGCGAGAGGAGAAGAAGCGGCACGUCCGCGUGCGUGCGUUUGCCUUCUCGAAGGCGAGAGAAAAAGAAAGUACUGGAUCGGACGUCGGUGAAAAUACGCGGUUCUUGUCUACAUGAUUUACGAGCAAAAUUCGGAACUGUGGAGAUGCAUUUGCAACAAUCCCGCAUCGAUGCGGGAGAAUAUACAGCAGCGAUUCGAGGAUCUGUCGAUUUACUCCUUCCUCGCAUCGUCGGUUUGGCGAAAACAUCUUCAUAUGAGUCCGGCACGUUCCUCUUCUUUCGCCUGAUAGACGCUCAUCAACCGUUCUAA